AUCGUUAAAAUCAAGUACACAGAGGAGAAAACAUGCUAAACAAAGACCGUUAAAAUAUAAUUGGCCAUGAAACGAGAUAAGGAGUUUUGUGUAACGGAUUGGUAGAGGAGUUUUAUGUGAUGCGUGGGUUAAGCAAGGGAUAUAACUUGUGGGAGUCUAUGCUUCUACUCAGCUGAACAGUGAAGGUGAUAUUCAUACAUUAAUCAAAGCUAAGUCAUGACAAAUAAGAAUAGUAAACUGGUAGAUACGUAGCAUUAGUAUAUUCUUGGAGUGUGUCUUUUAUUUGCAUGGUGAAUUACAAACAUUGGAAUCAAAUGACUUUCAACAGCAUACGCCAGUUUUUUUGUAAACCCAACAGAAUCUUCAAUACCGAAAGUUAUGUGAUUGUGAGGACCAAGAGAGUAUACAUUUUUAUAUUCCUGGUGGCUUUGCUUUUUGUGUUUAUUUCUACUAUGCAGCGACACCGUUUCCUCAUAUUUUACACGGAACAAACAUUGCAAAACAUCGACAUCAAUAUAAGCGUGUUCAACUUGAAUGAACCCGGAAGUACAAGGUUGAAUGGCGCUAGUCAAGCCUGGGUGAGAACAACGUUAUAUGAAAUAUUGGAUAAGUUCCAUCCACGGACCCUGGAUACAUGCCCCAACCAGUGUAACAAGACAGACAGUUUUUGUAAGGCUGUUACUUUUGAUGACUGGACAAAUCUGAUAAAUCAGUCGAAAAUAUCCUUCGUCCCUUUACUUGGAGACAAACAGUACAUUUAUGAUUUUGAGAGAGAAUUUUUGAGUUACCCGCCUUUGCAAGAUAAACGGGAAUUACCGGAUAUGACGUUGUCGAAAGUUUUUCUGCAAGUUGACAAGGACAAUGUGAGUCGUUGUAUCAUUAAUGACGUCAUUAAUGGUCGCGUGGAUUUAGUAGAUGGAUACGGAAAUCCAAGAAAAACAGGCGGUGAUGAAGUCCGGGUGUGGAUUGUGGAUACAGAAACUAAGAAUUAUCGGGCAGCUGGUCAGGUGACUGACAUGAAAAACGGAAGUUACCAGAUUUCUGUUCGAUGUUUGUGGCCAGGUGUGGUAAAGGUGUAUGUUGCUGUUGCCUACCCACGGGAAUACCUGAGGGUCACAAUGCUGCAGAGAAGAGUAGGUAACUCACGGCUGAUCGCAGGAAAAUUUAUGAACAAUGAAACAGAAGAGGUGACUGUAUGCUGGGGCCAGCCAGACGUACCAGGUAGACCGUGUCUCUGUAACCUCACAUCCACCAACAGACAUCCUUUUUACUGUGGCCGUCCUCUGGAUAAAAGGUUGAGUUGUGACAACUUCAAGGCCACAAUGUCUUUAUCUAAGAUUCAGCCAUCCAAUGUAACCCUGGAAGAAAUUGCUUUAAUCAAAUCUGUAGCAGUUCGUGACAUAAAAGUGAAUGCUCUACGAGUUAAUAUCAAAAUACUUGUUAACAACAAAGGCUCAUUGCCCCAACUUCCACCCUGUUAUAAGACGAGCCCAUCAGCUACCUGGGAAAUGACCAAACCAAAAGGCUACUGGUCACCUGGAGGAGUCUGGACAUCUCUGGUCUGUGACCAUUCCUACCUAACCCCAGGUCUGGCACUAGACUGUCUACGUGACACUAGUAUUUGGGUGUUCGGGGAUUCCAAUAGUCUUCGUCUGUAUUGGCCGCUUCAAGGCUGGACACAGUGCAGCACCACGGGGAAUGGAGCAUGGCCGCAGAAAGAGGUGUGCAAAAACAAAGUGAACAAUAUCACCUUGACAUUCACCCCACACGAAUACCCGCUUUAUCUCGGUCCUACUUGGACGAACAAACUUCCGUACGACGGUGUAGUCCAACAUAUAGACGCCAUGCCAUCAAAUGGUAAAAUCAUUGUCAUAUUCCAUUACUAUCUUCACGUUUUGACGUCCCAUUUGAGUUUUGCCGAGCUACGUCUUCGAUCUGUAACUGCAGCCUGCAAGCGACUUUUGGACAGAAACCCUGAUGCAACAAUAGCUUUCCGUGGUCCACACGUUGCUUCACUAGAUUGCGAAAUAAAUCACACAAUAAGUGGAGACAGCCUGGGAACAUUUUAUUUUAAAAUUAUUUUAAAUGUAUUUAAAGAUUUAAUGAACAGAAUAAUUUUUCUAGACGGUUGGGACAUGACAAUAGCUUUGGAAAACGCAUAUUUUCAUCCAACAGAUAACGUCCCAAAAUUUCAUAUCAAUUUUUUAUUGUCGUUUAUGUGUAACACCACUGGGUAUUUUAGACGAAGAUAGGAUUUUAAAUAUCUUACUGUACCAAACAGGAAUCUGUUACUAGAAAAUCCUUGUAAAUGUUUGUUUUAUAUAGUAGUGGCAAUAUGAAUAAUCUAAUGGUACAGUGAAGGUGUCUUUUUCUUUG